AUGGAACACGAAUUUAACCCGACUUUCAAUGGUUUUAUGUCAAUUGUGUGGUGUCUUUUAUUAUCCGCAUUCUACUUAGCCAGUUUGCACGUUUGGAACAGUCCGUUUAACAGAGAUCAUCCUUCGACGAUAAAGCAAAGAUUCAUCAGCUGCAUUAUCAUGCUGUUCAUUGCACCGUGCUUUCUAUACAUCGGACUGGACAAGUCCAUACUAAACCAGGCAACAUUUCUGGAAGUUUUGGGACUUCGAGUCAAAGGAUUGCUGCCCGCAAUUGUCAUUCCCUUACUCCUCACAAUGGUGCUCUUCUUAGGUCCCAUGUUUAUGGAGUUCUUUAGUGGAACAUGCCAUCGGUAUGCAGAGGUAUCCGGUUGGCUGCCGAAUCUGACCAAUCUGAUGUGGAUACGCAAUCGCAUAGUGGCUCCACUAUCGGAGGAGUUUACUUAUAGAAGCUGCAUGAUGCCAUUGUUGUUGCAGUGUUUGCCGCCUAUGACUGCCGUCCUUAUAAAUCCGCUGUUUUUUGGAAUAUCUCACUUGCAUCAUAUACAUGAACGAAUAAAAUACGACAUGAACUGCAAAGAAGCCCUGUUGAUCUCAGGCUUCCAGUUUUCCUAUACGACAAUCUUUGGAGCCUAUUCAGCUUAUUUGUUUUACAGAACGGGACAUUAUGCCAGCGUUUUCGUGGUCCACGCCUUUUGCAACCACAUGGGGUUCCCCAAUAUCACCGAAAUACCCAAGUACCCAACCGGCAAAAAAAUUAUCGUUUGUUGUCUGUUCGUUCUGGGCUUCGUUUCAUGGUGUUUCCUGAUCACACCAUUGACUAAACCCAGUUGGUACCACAACUCUCCUAAGUACGCACGUGAUAGUUUAGCCGUUAACGAAUAGAUUAACAUUGAACACGUUGCUUGUACAUAAAGUUGUUUAUACGAUAAGGAAAAAUGUGAAGAAUUCAGUCACAUUACGACAAUGUUGGGUGUAUGCCUGUGACAGUCUGUUUUUAACUACGGUACGUGCAAUACUCGGAAGGAAAUAUAACAAGUGUUAUGUUUGGA